AUGUCGUCCACCGCUAUUCCCAAGCGCGUUGCGCUGAACCGCAACCAUACCACAGACUCUUCUGUCCCUUCUGUCUCGGCCUCACCUUUCGAUAGCCCUCGUCAGUCACCUUCGUCGACUUCGCUGUCCUCCAUGGCUUCGGAAGCCGAGCACAGCAAGAUGCUCGACACCUAUGGCAAUGAGUUCAAGAUCCCCGACUUCACCAUCAAGCAGAUUCGCGAUGCCAUUCCCGCUCACUGCUUCCACCGCUCUUCAAUCACAAGUCUGUACUAUGUCUUCCGGGACAUGUUCAUUCUGGCCGGGGUCUUCUACCUCUUUCACAACUAUGUCACCCCGGAGACUGUUCCUAGCCUCCCGGCUCGUGUCGCGCUCUGGACUCUGUAUACCGUCAUCCAGGGUCUCGUCGGUACCGGUGUCUGGGUCUUGGCUCACGAGUGUGGUCACCAGGCCUUCUCUCCCUCCAAGGUUCUGAACGACACCGUCGGCUGGAUCUGCCACUCUCUCCUGUUGGUCCCCUACUUCUCGUGGAAGAUCUCCCACGGCAAGCACCACAAGGCCACCGGUAACCUUGCUCGCGACAUGGUCUUCAUUCCCAAGACCCGUGAUCAGCACGCUUCCCGUGUCGGCAAGACCAUCCACGAGCUCGGCGAGCUCAUGGAGGAGACCCCUAUCCUGACUGCCACCAACCUGCUCCUGCAGCAGCUCUUCGGCUGGCCCAUGUACCUGGUGACCAACGUCACCGGCCACAACAACCACGAGAAGCAGCCCGAGGGCCGCGGCAAGGGCAGGGCCAACGGAUGGUUUGGCGGUGUCAACCACUUCAACCCCUCCAGCCCUCUGUAUGAGGCUCGUGACGCCAAGCUGAUUGCCCUGUCCGAUCUGGGUCUGCUCCUCACCGGUCUUGGUUUGUACUAUAUCGGCACCAACUUUGGCUGGCUCAACCUGCUCGUUUGGUACGGUAUCCCCUACCUGUGGGUGAACCACUGGCUCGUCGCUAUUACCUUCCUCCAGCACACCGAUCCUACUCUCCCUCACUACCAGCCUGAGGCGUGGAACUUUGUCCGUGGUGCCGCCGCCACCAUCGACCGUGACUUUGGCUUCGUCGGCCGCCACAUCUUCCACGGUAUCAUCGAGACCCACGUCUUGCACCACUAUGUCAGCAACAUCCCCUUCUACAACGCCGACGAGGCCUCCGAAGCCAUCAAAGGCGUCAUGGGCACCCACUACCGCACCGAGGCCCACACCGGCUGGACUGGCUUCUUCAAGGCCCUGUGGACUAGCGCCCGCACCUGCCAGUGGGUCGAGCCUACCGAGGGUGCCCAGGGCGAGAGCCAGGGUGUUCUCUUCUACCGCAACACCAACGGUCUCGGCGUUCCUCCCGCCAAGAUGGCCAACUAG